AGUCACAAGAUGAGUUUCCAAAAUAAAGUUGUGAUAGUGACUGGUGCAAGUUCAGGAAUUGGUGCGGCUAUAGCACUCUCUUUCGCUAAAGAAGGUGCCGAUGUAGUUAUAGUUGCAAGAAACAAUGAAAAACUGAAGGUCACUGAAGCGCAAUGUGAUGAGUUUGGUAAAAAAUCACUUAAAAUCCUUGCUGAUGUUAGCAAAGAAGACCAGGCACAGUCAAUUAUUGAUGAAACGAUCGAAAAGUAUGGAAAAAUUGACAUUUUGAUUAACAAUGCUGGUAUUGUUCGUUUGGGAAAUAUUACAGAUGGAACGAUUUUAAGUGUUUAUGAUGAAAUUAUGAGUACAAACCUGAGACCCGUCAUCCAUCUUACAACUCUAGCAACACCAUAUCUAAUAAAGACCAAAGGAAAUAUAAUCAACAUUUCAAGUGCAGGAGUAAAAGUCAAACAUCCCAGUUUUAUAUCAUACGCUUUGAGUAAAUCUGCUCUCAAUUUAUUUGGUCAAGGCGCCGCUCUGGAACUGGCAGAAUAUGGUGUCAGAGUGAAUACCAUCAGUCCUGGACCAGUUAUCACUGAUAUCUGGGAAAAUUCUAAUAUGCCAGUAGAAUCACUAAAAGGUUUAGAUUUUAAAAUACCUUUAAAAAGGAUGUCAAAACCAGAAGAGAUUGCAACUAUAGCAUUAUUCCUAGCAGAUGACAAAGCGUUGGGCAUAACUGGAUCGAAUUAUUUGGCUGACAAUGGAAUGUCACUGACGUGA